CUCAUCUUUAAUGUCAGUAUCACAGGUAAUAUGGCGGCUCGCCCGCUUGUAACUGUCUACAAUGAGAAGUACGAGGCUACAGAGACUCAGAUCAAGCUGCCGUACGUGUUUCGCGCGCCGAUCAGGCCGGAUGUUGUGAGCUUCAUCCACGAUCAGAUGUUCCGUAACAAGCGUCAGGCUCAUGCCGUUUCUACUAUGGCCGGAAAGCAGCAUUCCGCCGAGUCAUGGGGUACGGGACGUGCCGUGGCUCGUAUCCCUCGCGUCCGUGGUGGCGGUACUCAUCGCUCUGGUCAGGGAGCUUUUGGUAACAUGUGUCGUGGAGGUCACAUGUUCGCUCCUCUGAAGGUUUUCCGAAGAUGGCAUCGUCGUGUCAAUAUCGCGCAGAAGCGUUAUGCCAUAUGCUCGGCCAUUUCUGCAUCCGGUGUACCUGCUCUCGUGCAAGCUCGCGGGCACGUCAUCGACAAAGUUGCUGAGAUUCCACUCGUUGUCAGUGACAAGAUCGAGUCGUUCCGUAAGACCAAAGAGGCCGUUACUUUCCUUCGUCGCUCCCACUUAUGGGAAGACAUAGAAAAGGUGUAUGCUUCGAAGCGUACCCGUGCUGGUACCGGAAAGAUGAGGAACAAGCUGCACAAGAGAAAGCUUGGCCCGGUUCUUAUUUAUGGUCAAGACGCUGAUUGCGCACGAGCUUUCCGCAACAUUCCCGGUGUUGAUGUGCUCAACGUUGAACGUCUGAACCUCCUCAAGCUUGCUCCCGGAGGUCACCUUGGUCGUCUCAUCAUCUGGACGGAAUCGGCUUUCAAGAAGCUUGAUGCCAUUUAUGGAACUCUCAAAACGAAUUCGUCUGAACAGAAGAAAGGAUGGUCUAUUCCACCUAACAAGCUUACGAAUGCCGAUCUGUCGAGGCUGAUCCGCUCAGAGGAGAUUGUCAGGGCUGUGCGACCAGUAAAGAAGAAUGUGAAGUCUGCAAAGGCGCAUAGGAACCCUCUGAAGAAGCACAAUCUCAUGAACAAGUUAAACCCCUUCGCUAUUACCAUGCGUGCUGCAGCGAAAAAAACCGCUGCAAAGUGA